AUGGCAUCCCGGACAGCCUCACUGCUGGCCCUCAGUCUGCUGGUUCUCUGGACUUCCCCUGUUCUAGGUGGUGCCAAUGACGCAGAAGACUGCUGCCUGUCUGUGACCCAGCGCCCCAUCCCCAGGACCAUCGUGCGGAGCUUUCGCUACCUCCUCCUUAAGGAUGGCUGCAGAGUGCCUGCUGUUGUGUUCACCACACUGAGGGGUCACCAGCUUUGUGCACCCCCAGACCAGCCCUGGGUUGAGCGCCUCAUCAGGAGACUGCAGAGGCUCGCCGCCAAGAGCAAAAGCCACCAAAAUUAG